GCUGUAGUUGUGGAGGGGAGGUUGUUCGUCUAAAAGAUGAAAAGACCUGCGCCUUUAAGAGGGCUGUCUCCCCUUUCCCUCUUGCUCCCCCUCAGCCACACAGACACUCCUCCUGUGAGCAUUUGUGAGGCAGCUCCUGUCCCUUAUGUCUCUUUGUAGGGAACAUAGCAGACUUCCCAGAGCAUCACUGAAGACAAGAUACAACUCAAGGGACUACACCCGAGCAGCAGACCUCUGUGACGCCUUGUUCUCAGCUGCAACGGAUCCCAGAGAGGGCACGUGGAGAGGGAACUCAAACCAACUUCAGCUGGAGCAACAUGAUUCAGAAGUCCUGAAGAAGAGGUGGGAAUUAAAAUAAAAUGAACAAUCCUGAGAGGUCACUUCUGAAAUGAAGGGAAGAUGAUCAGCAGGUCAGACUCGUCGUCGUUGGAUUGGACCGCACAACAAAAAGGAAUCCGGAGCACAUUCCGAAUAGACGUUGGUGGUUUGAAAAUGAGCAGCUCUUUAAAGAACAUCUUGAAAGGUCCCACCAGUGUUUUUAAUUCAUCAGCCAGGCGUUUAUCUUAUUUCUACAGCUUUCUCUGAGAGGCAACAUUAAAGACUUUGUUGACAGAGCUCUUGGGGAGUGAAUAAUAUUAUUCUUAUAUGAAGUCUUAAAACUUUACAGCUGUUGACUGGAGAGAGAAAGAACUGCCAAAUGCAAAUUAUGUUAUGCUCUAUUCUAUGAGGGAGAGGUGUGUGCCUGGACUAACAAUACAUUGACCCACAAGGGACUGCAGAAAUGUUUACAGGAUGUGGAGUGGUCAGUGGCCAUAACCAGUGUCUGGCUAACAGCAAUGUCACACCCCAACCAGGACUGGAGGUUAAGCGACCAUACCAGAUUGCUAAUGGAAUAAACCAAGGGACCUGCCCUUUUUAUCAGGGUCAAACUUACACCAAUACUGUAAUGCAGCAAGAGGCGUUCGACGGUGUUUCUAAUACGCUGAAACCUUCCCAGUUGCCGGCUUCUCCAACAGCAGUUAAACUACUGCAGGAAGGCUUCAAAAAAGUUUGCCGCAGUGAGGAGGACAGCCCCUGUCCCUUUCCGGGUCUGGCUUCUGGGGUGCUGGAGAUGCGUGUCAAAGAGGGCAGCAAGAUCCGCAAUCUAAUGGGAUUUGCUAUGGCUCGGAUGCAAGGACAAAAGACUGGGAGCGCGGGAGGCGGAAACGUCGGUGGGCUCCGGCAGGUUGUCUUUACUGGAUCAGGUCGCGCGGUCACAAAGACCAUCACCUGUGCUGAGAUUAUGAAACGAAAAGUGGCCUGCCUGCAUCAGAUGACCAAGCUAAGGUACAAAGUGGUGAAGGAAGUGUGGGAGAGUAACCAGGGGACAGCAUCAGAGAUGACGGUGCACAGAACAGUACCUUCCAUCAGCAUCCUUCUUUCGAAGGAUCCUCUGGAUCCACAGGAGCCCGGCUAUCAGCCUCCGGAGGCUUUUAGUGCAUUGUGGGAAGAUAGAGCAGAGACCGAACCUGCAACACAAACAACAUACAAGCGACCGCUUGGACCAUUGCCAUACAGCGGCUUCCCUCACUGUAAAAAGCUGUGUUUGGGGGAAGGAGUCUCAGUCCUUCCUCCUAACUGACUGGCUGAACCUGUCACAUUGGAGGGAAUUGAAUCAGCAAAGUUCAUUUGGCGCUGCUCUCCAGUCUGGCACAAUGCUGAGACAAUCAGACCAUUCACUCAGUCAGAACCGUGCUUUCUUAGAAGAACUGAAUCACAAUUCAAGCCUCUGGAGGUCAGUUUGACUGAGACCAAAAAAAGCUUGCUUCUGUACAAAGAGCACUCACACAACAGAUUAAUGACCCCCGACAUCCCAAGUGUGAUAAUGCGUGCUUGUACUGUGUGAUGACGAACAGAUUGAAAUCCUAUUCCACAAUAACAACAAUUUCAAAACGAAGCCAUUGAUUGCAUAAGUCAACUAUCUUUGAGUUGUGGACAAACCUAUUCAUUGGUACGCAAUCCUUUUUGUUCAUAAAUACUCUGAAAUAGAGCUUUACAGAUAAAAAAGGACAUUUUAACUUGAACUAUUGAUGGCAUAACACAUGCAAAAUGUACCUAUUUGGAUGGUCUGACACUCAAUCUAUAAAAAAAUAAAAAUAAAAAAAAUAAACAUUUUCCUUCCAAAUUAA